CAAAAAAUUUAAUUCGCCGUAAAAUUUCAUUUGCCUCGACUGUUUUGCAGAUUUGUUUUUUGCACUCCACAACAGUUUUUCAAUUUGUCUCGCCACAGUUGAAUUGUAUCUUUUGUGUUCAAUAAUCUUAAACAAAACACUAAACUAAAAUGGGAGUUCCAGCUGGUGAUGUUGAAAAGGGCAAGAAAAUCUUCGUGCAACGUUGCGCACAAUGCCACACCGUUGAAGCCGGCGGCAAGCACAAGGUUGGACCCAAUCUACACGGUGUGUUCGGCCGCAAGACCGGUCAAGCACCCGGAUUCGCCUACACAGAUGCCAACAAAUCCAAGGGCAUUACCUGGAACGAGGAUACCCUCUUCGAAUACUUGGAAAACCCAAAGAAGUACAUCCCCGGCACAAAAAUGAUCUUCGCCGGUUUGAAAAAGGCCAACGAACGUGGAGAUCUCAUCGCUUAUCUUAAGUCCGCAACUAAGUAAAUUUUUAAGUAAAAAACAAUUAAAACAUAAUUACAAAAAACUGCAAAUAACACCGCCAGUAUAUAAGUACAUAAUGUAUAAUUAAGGCUCAAGCAAAAGAGAGUCCCGCGAAUAUGCGAAUGGCAUAAUAGAUUUUUAAGCUCUAUUAGGUUCUAAGUGGGAAUCUCUUUUAAUUGAGCCCCAAAAAACAAUUUAACACCCCAUCGUCGUUAUUGUCAAAAAAAAAUA